GCAUAACAAUAGUAGGCGGGGUGGAUUGUUCCACAAUGUGCCACUAAGGCUUUGUAGUCUCUCUUGGAACCCAUGGUAGCCUAGACCCAGCAUGACCUCAGUGGUUCUCAACCAGGAGGAUGCAAGAGUAUCUACAGAAACCUACAGCUACAGCAGCCAUCCCCGAGUGCUACCCAACAGAAAGCGGUACCAAGAACAUUACAUAAACAAUGUGCAAGAAGGGCCAAUUAACUACGGGAACCUCAUGUAUGAUCGUAGAGUGGUUCGAGGAAACACAUAUGCUAUGCAGUUGUUAUCCUGGAGCCCAGAACCUGCUCCUGCUGAAAUCAAGAAGCGAUAUGAAACUCACAAGAAAAUGCUUGAACAGAAGGAAAGAAAGAAAGAGAAUGAGAUCCAUGCACCCAAAAUUCAGGAUAUUGAAAAUCGCAGUGAUGUGCAGACAGAAUUGUACCUGGAAGAGAUUUUAGAUCGCAUUAUUGAAGUUGACAUGGAGUGUCAAACAGAUGCUUUUAUAAAAAGGCUACCCAGCCCAGUGUUCAUCCCACAGAAGACUGGGGUUGAUGUAUCAACACAAAUUGAAGAAGGAGAGCUCUUUAACUUUGACAUUGAAGUUAAACCAAUGCUUCAGGUGUUGGUAGGGAAAACCUUGGAGCAAGCUUUGCUUGAAGUCAUGGAAGAAGAGGAUCUUAGCAAUCUUCGGGCACACCAAUAUGCCUAUCAGGAACUGCGCAAUGCAGAGUUAGCUGAAGUGCAACGCCUCGAAGAAAAGGAGCGGCGACACAGAGAGGAGAAGGAACAUCGUAUGGCAAAGGAGUACGAAAUACAAGUAAAGGGAGCAAUGGUGUCUCAGAAAGCGGCAUCCCGGGCAUUUGCUUUGCAAUAUCUGGCAGAUCUGAUUCCUUCAGUCUUUUUUAGCCUUCGGAAUAAAGGAUUUUUCUAUGAUGAAGUACAAAAUGAUAUUGAGAAAGGAUUCCUUCCAUAUGUGAUGGGCCGUGUAGAAAAUCGACUGCAAAAGAAACUUCUAGGAAGAAUAAUGACAGAUUACUUAAUUAAUGAAGUCACCAAAAAGAGAUUGAACAACUACAAGGAAAAUCAAUUACUGAAAAAGUCUGGCUCUAAUUUAAAAAGACCUUUGGUGAGACAGUAAGGAGGAUGUCUAUGAUUCAGAAUCUAAGAAGAUUUUAUAUAACCAUUUGGGAGAAUCUACUGAAUACUUGUGAAGAAAGUUGUUAUCUUGGCAAGCAUUAAAUUGAAUGCUAUUUUUCAAGUGUUUUCAAACUGGGCAUUUUGUUUUAAACUCUUGUCAUUAUAGUUAUACUUUCUAUAAUAAUCUUCUGUAAUUGAGAGAGACUUAUAGAAAUACAGUAUACUAUUCCUGUAAAAAAAAAAGUCUUUUCCAAUAUGUGGAGGAAAUUUGGGUUUAGCCCUAUUAAAUUAUACCCAUUAAAAUCAAAAUGACCUAAAUUAGCUUAAUUAGUUAUGUCUCAUGUUUUCCACUGGAUCUAUACUAAUCUUUCAUUACAGUAUACUAUUUUUAUCUGUUACUGAUCUUAAUAAUUAUAUUCUAAUUUAUUUUGUUUAAGUCCAUUUUUAAAGAAAGAGAUUAACAUUUUAUAACAAAUAUACUGGAGAAAAAUAUUCACUUGAUUAUAUAGCCUUUAUCCUGUAAUGAAGCUAAAUUGCAUUUAAAUGUUAUUCUAAAAACUGCUAUCUUCCUUUCUAAU